AUGUCCCGACCACUCUCGCAACCGCGUUCCGGCACGUUUGCCUCACAAUCGCAAGCCGGUCCUUCACAGCCUAGUCAAAGAGUCGCUCGUCCAGAGUGCGAGGUUUGCGGCGUCCGCAAGUUCAGAAAGGAUGCCUCCACUGGUCUGAUCAAUUGCAUCAAUGGACACGUCUUGCAGGGCUUCAGGGAAGAGACGGCAGAUGAUGAUGACUUCAAUCCGGCGGGAAUGCGCAAGAGGGGGACGGGAACGGGAAGAAAGAGACCAAAGAAGAGGAGGUACAGAUUGCAGUCGGGAGUGUGGCAUGGCGAACGAGGCCAAUUCGCUUUGUACCAAUGCUUGCAGCUUCUGCUCCGCUGGCAGCUGGCAGCCUUGCAUCACGAGUGGCCCGACCUGCCAGACGUAGUCGAGGUGAGUGUGUUGAGCUCGAUGGAUUCAUCGAUGACUGCUUGUCACACUUACAGUCUCAUGCAAUCUCCUCUAGCCGAUAGCGCGAGAUCUUUGGGCUCUCUACGUCUCUUGUCUGCCCAAGCUGCGUCCUGCGCCAUUUUUGGAGCAGGAACGGCGAGCCAAAGAGCAAGAGAGCGGGCAGACGAUCGAGGACCUCGCAGAUUUAGCUGCCAAGGAACGGCAAGACGACGAAGCUCGUCGGGCUUUCAGAAGGCGCAUGAGAGAGGUCACAGACGGUUCUGACUUUGAUAGCGAAACCACCUCGUCUGGCAGCUCGUCCACUUCAGAUGACCGCGAAAACGUCGAGAGACCAUCUCCGUCACGUGCCAAGCGUGACCGCACACCGGGAACUAGCAAACACUCGACUCGCGGGCGGUGGAACGAGGGAGUACAGGCAGUGUCGGCAGAAUCGCCAAAGAGCAGCGCCGCUGAGAAAAGAAGAGGGGAUCUCUAUGGUCAAGUCGCAGACGAUUCGCUCCCACCACUGGCUCCGUCCGCUCAGGACAGCCGAGCUAGGCUGCGCGCUCAAGAAGUGUCGGAAAGAGAUCAGGCACUCAGAACGAUGGUGAACCCCACUAUGAGCACUCUAGCCACUGUCUACCUUGCUUUGAUCACGGCACGCGUGCCGGUCCUAUGGGCUGACCUCAUCGCGUGAGUUGUUGCACAGCCUGGACCUUCGAAGCCCAACAAGGGCUGAGUUUGCGGACCGCGUCCGGCUGACACGCUAAGCCACGUCUUUUCAGCUUGGUCGAGCAACGCCGUCUGCCGUAUCUCGAUGCCCUGCAUAUCCUUCCACCAGACAUUGUGGCACCUCUUCCGGGCAGAGCCAUCAAAGCUCUUGAGCCUCGCGUGAGUGAUGCGAGGGCAUGCGCAAAGGUCAUCAUUCUCUUAUCAAGGCCUACCGCUUCGACAUCUAUCGCAAGCACGUUCCCACCAUCGAGGAGCUAUCGAAACGCGCUUGCAAUAUCGCAGAAGCCUUGAACAUCGACUUUUGCGUCACGUUUCCUCAGCUGAAUGCAGCGCCUGUACUUUGGCGCUGCGUAGAUCACCUUCUGCUUCCACGUGAGUCCUGGUUGUGCUUUCAUCCUUUACUAAAUAGUGAUUAACAGAAGGACGAGUUGUUGUUCUUCAGCGACUUUUUACACUGCUGCAAAGAGCCUCGUCCAUCUUGUCGGAAUAGAGAUGCUCGCGGUGGGCCGAGACGCUUCCGAGCUCGGAACAUCUGAGCGAAACAUCGAUUUGCAAAGCGCGGAGCGUAUAGGCUAUGCGUUCCAGCGCAGCUGGCUGCCAAUGUCGCCUGAGACUCUUCGCGCAACGUCACCCUGCAUGCUGCUUAUGGCGGCCGUUGUGAUCGUAAUCAAGCUGCGCUAUGGUCUUGAUGGUUACACCAGGUGAAUUGAUCCUUGAAAAUUGCCUAGCCGUUAUCAACGUUACUGAUUUUGAGAGCUGCUUAGAACGGAAACCGAAAAUGGUCCCAAGAACUGCGAGACGGCCGCUCCUAAUAUUCUGCGCUGGCUUACAUUGCUUGAAGAGUCGGAUGUGCGCGCUCAGUCUCACAUUUCUUCAGCUCACAACGUAGACCUGUAAGUCAUUCUCGCAACGCUCGACACGCUGGGCAGCUUUAGAGCUGAACGCGCACCUUGCAACUCCAAAACCCUUCGCCGCCACCCAGAGACAUUAUCGAUCUGGACGAUGCUGGGGUCGACGCAUUCCUAGACUUUGCCGAAGAGAGUCUCCUCUUGCCCAACCACCCAAACAAUUUGUGGUGGCGGCAAGUAAAAGGUCAGAAUGAUGCGAGACUUCUCUUUCGUGGGCCCUUUCGUUGCAGCUCACUCCUCAGAACUUCUCGGUUCAGACGUGGACGACAUCUUCAGCUUUGCGCCGGUGCAAAGUGAGGAUACACCACCACGAGGUAGAGCUACGAGCGAGACUGAAGCACACGCGCCAUCGCCAAGUGAAGUGCGUGACCAGGCGCUGAGGCAAGCGCGCUCGAAGCUAUGGUCUUCGGUUCCAGUGUCCGAUUCAGCCUCGCGCCCUUCGGCGCGCGCAGCCAAGUCGAGCAGACCACUGGAGUGCGGUUCCUCCUACUACCUUUUCCGAGGUAUGGCGCUUGGCGAGCUUCCGGAGAGCGCACAGAGGGUUCUGGUCGCAGCGUCCAGCAUCGUAG